AUGGCAGGGACGCCGUCCGGCUACAGCCUUGAGCCAACCGAAGACGAUUGCCAGUCGGGUCCCAGAGAUACUGUGCUGAGCACAGCCGAGCCAUGCGAUGGCCGCAAAGACGAGGUUCUGGCAGAAGUGCAAGAAGCGAUGCUGAGAUGGCUGGCAGAGAAUAAACGUCUGGAGGAUUAUCGCAUCGUAGAGCGUGAGAUCCAUGGACUUCAGCUGGCCUCCGCCACUGUGACUGAGAGGACAUCGUCAACUGAAGAGAUACCACUGGAGCGACAUACAGAGCAGAAGCUGACUUUUCCGCAGAUUCGUUGCCGUUUUUCAAUGCGAUCUGCGACCAGUCCGAUUGACCAAAGUGUCGAUUUACACAGCUUCCACUUGCUCCUCACGGUGCAGAUCAGAGGAGAGGCCGAAGUGGCCUUGGUCGACUUCACCGGCCAUCGCAGCAGCGAUCUUCGACGCGAUGAGGCAAUGCAUUGCGUCGACCACGAGCUGGUUCGGCGCUUGCAACAGAUGUUGGUGCCCUCCUUGCCUUCGCCAGUGCUACUUCUGGAUCUGCUGCUGUCCUUGCCACGUGUAACGAGUCCGGUGCCCUUUAGGAUUCAUAUCCUUGAAGAGAUGUUGACGGAGGAAUGCUGGGAGGCGGAGAGUGACUCUGAUCUUCUCGAGGAGCUUUCAAUCAAUGACGAGGCGCAGGAAAGCCUCACUCGUCCAGCUCGUCUAGAGGGUGCGGGAAAACGCCGCCGCCACGCAGAGUUUCCGAAAAAGAUUUCUUCCUGUCCAAGGCCAGGAUAUGGUCCCGCCCACAAGGUCUCGGAGAAGUUGCGACAAGAUUGGGAAGAAUUGGUGAAGGUUUACCUGAAACGGUCCAAAAGUCUCCAGCGCGUCAUUUGUUUGGUGGAUUCCUAUCGUGGGCUCCGUCGCGAUGAUGAACGCCUAUGGGAGACCGUGAUGGACAGUGGGCGGCAGAUGAUGGUGGUGCUCACAAAGGCGGACAGAUGUCAUCCUGUUGACCUCCACAAGAACGUGUCCGAGGUCAUUGCUGCGUUGCAGCAUUUGGACAAAGACCUCAUCUGGCCGUACGUCCAUGCCAUCUCUGCGGAGCAUGACUUGGGCCUUCGCGAACUUCGCGCCUCGCUGAGCAUCCUCAGUCGAAGAGGGGCCAAGCUCCUUCAAGAGACCAAACAUGACGCGAAAACGGCCGGAGAUCACAUGGACUUCAGUCAUGGCAUUCACCAAGUGUUGAGGCAAAAGUUGGUGCUGGGCACGAGUGCUAUGAGUAUGACACCCCUGGAUGGCCACCAUAUGCAGUAUUUAAGCUUGUACCUUGGCUUCAUGGCCAUCUUCGCUUCCAGAAGGCCUCUGGGCCCUCUGGGCCACAUGGUUUUCAUGGCCACUUGGGCUGUGGCAGGUCCUGUCUUUGUGCACAGGCCGGAGCCGGAGGGCCUCCGAGUCGUCGCUUUGAAUGUGAAGAUCGGUUGCUACUUCGCACCCUUCAGCUGUGGUCAUCGCUUUUGUAAUGCGAACUUUGCACUGCUGUCCAGGCUGCUGUGCAACCUUUCGUCGUGCUACACCAUUCAGGUCUUCCACCGCGAGCGCUUGAAGUGGAUGGGGCAAGCUGGAAAUCACCCUGUGGUGGUGCCCAAUCACAUCAACAUGCUGGAGGCCUUCAGUUUGGAGUACAUCACCUGGGGCAUGUCCGGCUGCGUGGCGAAAUCGCAAUUCUCCAUCCCGGGAGUCAAGUCGGCUUGCCAAUUCAGCAACGGAGUGGCAGUCGACACCAAAGACAAGGAUGUAAAGCAGAAAGUGAAUGCUGGCAUCAUGAAGUUUGUGGUGAAUGAGCCUGAUGAACGUGGACAAUAUCCUUACUCUCGCGCCUUUGUGAUAUACCCUGAGGGCAUUACCAACUCUGAGAAUGGCCUCUUUCGCUUCAACACUGGAGCAUUUGCACCGGGAGUUCCUGUGCAGCCCAUCGUUCAAAGAUUUCCCUACAAGUUCAUGAAUCCUGCUUGGGUUUCCGAUUCCCGCGUCGGGCCUGGAAAUGACUUGCCCUGGAUGAUGUUGAGAUAUAUGUCUCAAUUCAACAUAACCUUGCAGGUGAAGAUCUGUGAGAUCUGGGAGCCCAACGAAGCCGAAAAAGUGGAUCCAGUGCUGUAUGCCAGCAACGUGCAAAACUACAUGGCUUUGGAACUUGGAAUUGCAGUGACAAACACUAGCAACAAGAUCCUUCGUCAGAAGGGCGGCCCCUUUGAUUUGAAGGCCUCACAGGUGCAUCCUGAAGUUGACUCGCCUGAAAGGUUAUCUGAACCACUACUGGCUGAAUCUAGUCCAGACAGCGGAUGA